GGCCCGGCCGGCGCCGCCUGCCUUCGCCCCGAAGCCCAUGCCACACAGGGCGGCGCCUUUCCCCGCGAGCGCUCCUGCAAGCGGGAACUUCUCUGGGGCCGGCACCCGCCGACGUUCCGCACGUUACGUUAUCCCGACCCGGAAAGCCUCCAAUUCGAGCCCUCGGCUAAACGGCGAUACCUUUGCGGCCGUGGCCACGCCCCUCGACACACGUUCCCCGCGAACCGGAAAGGAUUACGCCGCCGCGCGCCGGGGACCCGGAAGUAGACGUACCUCACGGAAGCCGGCUUUGGCCCUGCGGCUGCUGCCGUCGCCGCGGAGAAAUUGUUGGAGCUGGCAGCCUAGGAAUGAUUCUCAGGGGCUGCUAGAUUCCUCCCUGAUGGCAUCGGGCACUGCUAGCCGCUCAGAGGACGAGGAGUCGCUGGCAGGGCAGAAGCGGGCCUCCUCCCAGGCCCUGGGCACCAUUCCUAAGCGGAGAAGCUCUUCCAGGUUCAUCAAGAGGAAGAAGUUUGAUGAUGAGCUGGUGGAGAGCAGCCUGGCUAAGUCCUCUACCCGGGCGAAAGGGGCCAGUGGGGUGGAACCAGGGCGCUGUUCAGGGAGCGAACCCUCCUCCAGUGAGAAGAAAAAGGUGUCCAAGGCACCCAGCACGCCUGUUCCUCCCAGCCCUGCCCCAGCCCCUGGGCUCACCAAGCGUGUGAAGAAAAGCAAACAGCCACUUCAGGUGACCAAGGAUCUGGGCCGCUGGAAGCCUGCAGAUGAUCUCCUGCUUAUCAAUGCGGUGUUACAGACCAAUGACCUGACAUCUGUCCACCUGGGCGUGAAGUUUAGCUGCCGCUUCACCCUUCGGGAAGUCCAGGAGCGCUGGUACGCCCUGCUGUACGACCCUGUCAUCUCCAAGCUGGCCUGCCAGGCCAUGAGGCAGCUGCACCCAGAGGCCAUUGCCACCAUCCAGAGUAAGGCCCUGUUCAGCAAGGCCGAGGAACAGUUGCUGAGCAAGGUGGGAUCGACUAGCCAGCCCACCCUGGAGACCUUCCAGGACCUGCUACACCGACACCCCGAUGCCUUCUACCUGGCCCGUACUGCCAAGGCUUUGCAGGCCCACUGGCAGCUCAUGAAGCAGUAUUACUUGCUGGAGGACCAGACAGUGCAGCCGCUGCCCAAGGGGGACCAAGUGCUGAACUUUUCUGAUGCUGAGGACCUGAUUGAUGACAGUAAGCUCAAGGACAUGCGAGAUGAGGUCCUGGAACACGAGUUGACGGUUGCUGACCGGCGCCAGAAGCGGGAGAUUCGGCAGCUGGAGCAGGAACUGCACAAGUGGCAGGUGCUAGUGGACAGCAUCACAGGCAUGAGCUCUCCGGACUUCGACAACCAGACUCUGGCCGUGCUGCGAGGCCGCAUGGUCCGCUACCUGAUGCGCUCCAGAGAGAUCACCCUGGGCAGAGCAACCAAGGACAACCAGAUUGACGUGGACCUAUCUCUGGAGGGUCCGGCCUGGAAGAUCUCCCGGAAGCAAGGUGUCAUCAAGCUGAAAAACAAUGGGGAUUUUUUCAUCGCCAAUGAGGGCCGCCGGCCCAUCUACAUUGACGGACGGCCUGUGCUGUGCGGCUCCAAGUGGCGUCUCAGCAACAACUCCGUGGUGGAGAUUGCCAGCCUGCGGUUUGUCUUCCUUAUCAAUCAGGACCUCAUUGCCCUCAUCCGGGCCGAGGCUGCCAAGAUCACAGCACAGUGAAGAAUGAUGGCAGGACCUGGGGCUCUUUCUGGCCUCAGUUUCUCCUGCCAGUCCAGCCGCCUUGAACUGGGAGUGCAGGCUCCUGGAAAGAAAACAGAGUGGGCAGCAGAGCCCAUUGAUCUGAGCCUUUUGCAGGAGGGCAGGGCUGGGACCUCCAGCUUCCUUAGAGCCAGAGCACCCCCUCUUCUCUUCCAGCCCUGCAGACAUCCUCUUCUUUCCCUCUAGACCAGCAUUUCUCAGCCAAGGGCCGUAUAGCCCAGGAUGUCCCAAGGUGGCCACAGGUGAAAAUAGUGUAAAUGGGGUCACUGAGACUAGGGGGCAACCAGUAGGACGGCGGGGGGGCGGGGGGCAUAGGAAGGAAAUGAGGUCAGAGGGGCCCGUGGCUGGAAAAAGACGGAGAAACACUGGCCUAGACAUCCCCUUUCACU